AUGUCAACAAAUAAAAAAGUUAAAACAGAUAAUAAUAAUAAAAUAUUCCAAGAUAUUAUUGAUUUUGAAAUUUUAAGAUCUAUUAUCAAUUAUUUAUUAACCAGCAAUAAUACUAGUAAUAAUAAUAAUAGUAAUCAAUAUAAAAUUAAAAAAUUUUAUUUAAAUAGAAAUGAAAAAGCAGGUAUCUAUUGGUUAGAUAAGCAUUCACUGAUUUAG